ACACACACACACACACACACGCUGCUUAGUAGCCCUGUGAUGUUAAUGCUGCUAAUGAUCUCGUUAUGUAGUUGACUAGAGUGGACCAAGGCUAGAUGCAGCAGGAAGGACCUUUAGAUGAAUACUACACACACACACACACACACACACACACCAACACCACACACUCUCCACCACUCCACAGUCUGUUAAUGACAGCUCAGACGGUCUCAGAGGACCCUGGAGCUCCUUAAAUAUUUUGGUUGUGAUUUAUUUGGCUUAAAGGGGAUUAUUUCCAAUGUUUUAUCUUGUACUUUUUGUAAUAUAUUCGGUAUAGUAACCUGAAUUGAAGGAAUUGAAAAGAGCAUGAGGAAAUGAUGCUGAAUCCCCUGGUGGAGGAAAUGAUGCUGAAUCCCCUAGUGGAGGAAGAGGGACCGCUGUUCUACAGGGAGGCAAUGAUGCUGAAUCCCCUGGUGGAGGAAGAGGGACUGCUGUUCUACAGGGAGCAAAUGAUGCUGAAUCCCCUGGUGGAGGAAGAGGGACCGCUGUUCUACGGGGAGGAAAUGAUGCUGAAUCCCCUGGUGGAGGAAAUGAUGCUGAAUCCCCUAGUGGAGGAAGAGGGACCGCUGUUCUACAGGGAGGCAAUGAUGCUGAAUCCCCUGGUGGAGGAAGAGGGACUGCUGUUCUACAGGGAGCAAAUGAUGCUGAAUCCCCUGGUGGAGGAAGAGGGACCGCUGUUCUACGGGGAGGAAAUGAUGCUGAAUCCCCUGGUGGAGGAAGAGGGACUGCUGUUCUACAGGGAGGAAAUGAUGCUGAAUCCCCUGGUGGAGGAAGAGGGAUCGCUGUUCUACGGGGAGGAAAUUAUGCUGAAUCCCCUGGUGGAGGAAGAGGGACCGCUGUUCUAUGGGAGAAAAUUAUGCUAUACUGUAGUGUACUGUAAAGUAGUGUAGUCACCCAGUGCAUCAUCACGGAGGAACACUCCUCCCGUAGAACACAAACCCUUUUUUAAAUAAAAAAAAAUAUAUAUAUACACACACACACA